AUGUCUGGUGGGCGAGCCAAGUAUAUACCGCCUCUGAACUUUGCGCCGAUAGUGAGCACGGACGUGUCUCUGUACCGUUCGGGGUACCCGAUGCCCUUGAACUACUCGUUCAUCCGGGGCCAGCUGCACUUGAAGACGAUCAUAUAUGUCGGGGACAAGAGCGAGCCGAUGCCCGAGUAUGCCGAGUUCCUGGAGCGGGAGCGGAUCAACUACCACCACAUACACAUGGACUCGUGCCGGGACCCCGACAUCGAUGCGCAGAUGGACCGGGUGUUGCAACUGGUGCUGCGCGCCGACAACUACCCGAUCCUGAUACACUCGAACAAGGGCAAGCACCGCGUGGGUGUCGUGGUGGGCAUAAUACGCAAGCUGCUGCAAGGCUGGUCCAUCGCCGGCAUAUACCAGGAGUACGGCCUCUUCUCCGGCGGACUUAAGGACGAGGCAGACCUGGAGUACAUAACCAUGUUUGAAACAGACAUCCUGAUGGACCCGCGCACAGUGCCCCGCUUCGCACUCCGAAGACACCACCCGACAGUGAUCCAGCAGGAGACCACACCAUAG